AUGAAUGCUGAAACUUUGCACUUUUCAGAGUCUGAAAAAAAUGUUUCAAAUGAUGAAUUAUUACGUGUCUUUAAGAUACAACAGCCAACUGCUUUAAGAUUACGUAAUUCAACUGUUGGUCAAAGAAUUGCUAAAUUAAAAAAAUUGCGUAAAAGCAUAGAAAAUAAUAAAGCCCACAUUAUUGCUGCUGGUGCUGCUGAUUUUAAUAAACCAGCCAUGGAGUUAGAGAUUACUGAAAUUUUAUCAGUCCUAAUGGAGCUUGAGCAUACUUGUAAACAUUUAAAAACGUGGCUAAAACCCAAAAAAAUUAAAACAACGAUGAUGAUGUUGGGCACAUCAUCACAAGUACGUUACGAGCCUAGAGGUCGCUGUCUCAUUAUUUCUCCUUGGAACUAUCCAUUGACAUUGACCUUAGGGCCGCUUAUUCCAGCAAUUGCAUCUGGAAAUACUAUCAUUAUUAAAACGUCUGAAUUGACACCAAAUUUAUCUAAAAUUAUGGUGAAAAUAAUUCGUGAAACAUUUGAGGAAAACGAAGUUGCUAUUUUUGAAGGUGAUGCUUCUGUUGCUACAAGUUUAUUAACUUUACCUUUCGAUCAUAUUUUCUUUACUGGAUCACCUGCUAUUGGAAAAGUGGUGAUGACCGCAGCGGCUAAAAAUUUAACCAGUGUAACUUUGGAGCUUGGCGGUAAGUCGCCCAUCAUUAUCGAUGAAACUGCUGAUUUGGAUAUGGCAGUGAAAACGCUUGCUUGGGGUAAAUUUUUGAAUUGUGGUCAAACCUGUGUAGCACCAGAUCAUUUAUAUAUUGCUGAAAAUAUUAAAGAUAAAUUUAUUUCCAAGUUCAAUCAACAUAUUUCAAAUAUAUAUGGUGAAGGUGAAAAUGUAAAAAAUGCCCAGUUGGCACGUAUUGUAAAUGAACGUCACACAGCCCGUAUUGCACAUUUGCUCGAUGAUGCAAAAGAAAAAGGUGCAGAAGUGCUCUAUGGUGGGAUUGUUAUACUAGAAAAAUGUUUUAUUUCCCCUACAUUACUUACAAAUAUUCCAGCUGAUGCUGCAAUCAUGCAAGAAGAAAUUUUUGGACCAAUAUUACCCAUUAUUGCGUUUAAAAAUAUUCAAGAAGUAUUAGAUCAAAUUAAUGCUGCUCCAAAGCCAUUAGCAUUGUACGUCUGGAGUAAAGAUAAAGUGCGUAUUGAGCAUGUGAUUCAGAAUACGAGUGCUGGAGGAACCUGCAUUAACCAUACUAUGGUGCAUUUUCUUCAAAAUAAUUUGCCUUUUGGAGGCGUAAAUAAUUCUGGAAUUGGUAAUUACCAUGCUGAGUGGGGGAUUAAAGCUUUUUCACAUGAACGUGCAAUUUUAAAAACGAACAUGCUUUUGACUCACAUAUUCUACCCGCCAUAUACCAAAAAAACACGAUGGGUUCUAGAUUUCCUGUUUAAGAUCUUGUUGCGCAUGCAGGCAUCCGAAAAGAUGGCCCAAUCUUGCAUGAUUCCAAACAAAAUCCUAUCGGUUGCAGUUUUUUUGGACAAUCCUAGACGUCGCUUAGCGCUUGAGUUAGGUGCAACAGCAGUGAUUAAUCCGCACGAGCAAGACAUUGAAAGUGAAGUCCAUAAGAUACUACCAGAUGGGGUUAAUUAUGCAUUAGAUACCUCAGGAGUAAACAUCGUUAUGGAGCAUGUCUUUAAUGUUCUGGCGCCCAAAGCCAUUUAUGGAUUUGUAGGUGUACCGCAAAAGAUUGAACAAAAAUUACCUGGCACUGUUAUGCAAAUGGUACCGGCUGGGAUCUGCUUUAAGGGAAUUAUUGAAGGUGAUAGCGAUCCAGAUCGGUCUAUUCCUGAAUUAAUUCGCUAUUACGAAAAAGGGCAAUUACCCAUUGAUAAAUUGAUCAGAACUUACCCAUUCGAGCAAAUCAACGAGGCCAUUGCUGCUAAUCAUCUUGGGGAUUGUAUCAAGCCU